AUGCAAGUUAUACGUCAAACACUCACGACAGUUAUUCAACGACCAGCUAGUCUUGUACGUGCUUCAACAAUUGUACAACAGGUUCGAUUCGAUGGCAGUGAUCCACGAUCAUCAACUUCAUCAGAAAAUCAUAAAAGUGGACAACAACAUGGCAGUAAUUUAAAUAAAAGUAAAGGUGGUGAUAAAAAACAAAAACCAUCGACAACUGAUGAUACUGAACAACCUGGUACGACACGAAAAGAUUGGAGUAAACCAGAUCAAGUUGUUAAUAAUGAUCCUCAAUAUGGAAAAGCUGGUAGUUCAACUGAUGCCCGUAAUCCUGAUAAAGGAAAAAAAUAA